CAAAAGAUGGGGAUACCAUUUGUCAAAGACUGUCAGUGAGUAGUAGGUUCCCUGGGGAUCCAGCAGAGCAUAGUCUAAGAAUUCAGUCUCUGGUGCCAGACUGCCUGGCUUCAGACACCAGCAUUGUCGCUCAUCGGCUAUGGGACUUCUACAAGGGUGAAGACAUCUUAAGCCAGAGGAAUGACUCUCUAGUUGUGGAAUUUCAGUCGUCAGCCAGCAGAUGUAGGAGCGUCUAUGAACCAGAUAGAAAUGUGUUACGGAGGAAAGAACGAGAAAGAAGAAAUCAGGAAACUCAGCAGGAUGAUGGCACAUUUAAUUCGAGUUACUCCCUCUUCAGUGAACCCUACAAGACUAACAAGGGGGAUGAGCUCUCCAACCGGAUCCAGAAUACUUUAGGCAAUUAUGAUGAAAUGAAAGACUUUUUAACUGAUAGAUCUAAUCAGAGUCAUCUCGUUGGCGUUCCCAAACCUGGGGUUCCUCAGGCUCCUGUGAACAAGAUUGAUGAACAUUUUGUUGCGGAUUCAAGAGCCCAGACCCAGCCCUCGUCUGUCUGUAGCACUGCAUCUUCCACACCAGCAGCUGUCCCUGUGCAGCAGAGUAAAAGGGGCACCAUGGGCUGGCAGAAGGCUGGGCACCCCCCAUCAGAUCAACAGAGAGCAACACAACAAGGCUCUCUCAGGACCUUGCUUGGAGAUGGUGUUGGCAGACAGCAGCCACGAGCCAAGCAAGUGUGCAAUGUAGAGGUGGGUCUUCAGACCCAGGAAAGGCCACCUGCUAUGGCAGCCAAGCACAGCAGCAGCGGACACUGUGUUCAGAACUUUCCUCCAUCCCUGGCUUCAAAACCCAGCCUGGUCCAGCAGAAACCAACUGCAUAUGUGCGGCCAAUGGAUGGCCAAGAUCAGGCUCCUGAUGAGUCUCCAAAGCUUAAGUCAUCCACAGAAACCAGUGUGCACUGUACAUCAUACAGGGGAGUCCCAGCCACCAAGCCAGAGUCCACCAGAGCCAAAACCAAGCUUUCCAAGUUCAGCAUCCCCAAGCAAGGAGAGGAGAGCAGAUCUGGAGACACAAACAGCUGUGUUGAAGAAAUAAUUCGGGAGAUGACCUGGCUCCCACCACUUUCUGCUAUUCAAGCACCUGGCAAAGUGGAACCAAGCAAAUUUCCAUUUCCAAAUAAGGAUACUCAACUUGUUUCCUCCGGACACAAUAAUCCAAAGAAAGGUGAUGCUGAGCCAGAGAGUCCUGACAAUGGCACAUCGAAUACAUCCUCUCUGGAAUGGUUAUCCCCAUUUACAGAUAAGGGAAAUGAUGCACAGAGAGGAAUGCUUGAAGAUGAUCUUAAGCUAAGUAGUGAUGAAGAGGAGAGUGAACAGCAGGCAGCCCAGAGAACUGCUCUCCACGCUCUGUCUGACAGCGCCGUGGUCCAGCAGGCCAACUGCAGAGCCUCCGUGCCUUCCAGCAAGGGCAGCAGCAGCGGCAGCAGCAGCAGCGGCAGCAGCUCUUCUAGUGACUCAGAGAGCAGCUCGGGGUCUGACUCGGAGACGGAGAGCAGUUCCAGCGAGAGUGAGGGCAGCAAGCCUCCCCACUACUCCAGCCCCGAGGCUGAACCAGCGUCCUCUAACAAGUGGCAGCUGGAUAAAUGGCUGAACAAAGUUAAUCCCCACAAGCCACCUAUCCUGAUCCAAAAUGAAAGCCACGGGCCAGAGGGCAAUCAAUACUACACCCCAGCCAAAGACGAAGUGCAAGACUGUGGGAAACUUCCUGAUGGUUGCCAAACCAGCCUGAGAGAGAAGGACCUCAAGAGCGCCUGCAAAGAGGAGCAGAGGCCAAGGACAGCGAACAAGGCCCCGGGGAGUAAAGGAGUGAAGCAGAAGUCCCCGCCUGCGGCCGUGGCCGUGGCCGUGACCACAGCUGCCCAGCCGCCCGCGGUGCCCAGCACACCGGCCGAGAGCACUCCUGCGCCCGCCCGGAGGUCUGGGGGCAAGAAGCCCACCAGGCGCACGGAGAGGACCUCCGCCGGCGACGGCGCCAACUGCCACCGGCCUGAGGAGCCCGCAGCUGCCGACGCGCUGGGGGCGAGCGUGGUGAUCCCCCCGGAGCCCACCAAAACCAGGCCCUGCGGCAACAGCAGAACAAGCCACCGCAAGGAGCUGCGCUCCUCGGUGACCUGCGAGAAGCGCCGCACGCGGGGGCUGAGCAGGAUCGUCCCCAAAUCCAAGGAGUUCAUAGAGACAGAGUCGUCAUCUUCCUCCUCCUCCUCGGACUCGGACCUGGAGUCGGAGCAGGAGGAAUACCCUCUGUCCAAAACGCAGGCCGUGGCCGCUGCGGCAGCCGCCCCCUCCGGAAGUGAGCAGAGACUAAAGGAGGCUGCCAGCAGCAUCAGCAGCAGUGGGGGUCCCCGGGCCCCCGUAGGCUCCAUCAACGCCAGGACCACCAGUGACAUUGCCAAGGAGCUGGAGGAGCAGUUCUACACGCUGGUCCCUUUUGGCCGGAACGAACUUCUCUCCCCCUUGAAGGAUAGUGAUGAGGUCAGGUCUCUCUGGGUCAAAAUUGACCUGACCCUCCUGUCCAGGGUCCCAGAACACCUGCCCCAGGAGCCGGGAGUCUUGAAUGCUCCUGCAGCCAAGGAUGCUGAGAGCACACAGCCCAGCCAUCCAUCUGACACUCCGGCCGAAAAGGCUUUGCCAAAAUCCAAGAGGAAACGCAAGUGUGACAACGAAGAUGACUACAGGGAGGUCAAGAAGGCCCAGGGAGAGAAAGAGAACUCUUCACGACUGACCACCUCUGCAAAUAAUACUUUAUCUGCGAACCACUGCAGCAUGAACAUCAACAGCUUGGCAAUACCAAUAAAUAAAAAUGAAAAAAUGCUCCGGUCACCCAUCUCGCCCCUGUCUGAUGCAUCUAAACACAAAUACUCCAGCGAGGACUUAACUUCUUCCAGCAGAUCAAAUGGCAAUGGUUUGUUCACUUCUGCCUCCUCCAACAAGAAGCAUAAGGCUGAGAGCCAGCUGCAGUCUCAUGCCGGAGACCUCACAAAAGGCGCUCACAAUUCCGAAAAUGUUCUCCACAAGACACGGCCACAAACAGAGCCAUGGUCUCCAGGUUCCAACGGCCACAGGGACUGCAAGAGGCAGAAACUUAUCUUCGAUGAUAUGCCACGCAGUGCAGAUUAUUUUAUGCAGGAAGCUAAACGAAUGAAGCAUAAAGCAGAUGCGAUGGUGGAAAAGUUUGGAAAGGCUUUGAAUUAUGCCGAAGCAGCCUUGUCAUUUAUUGAGUGUGGAAAUGCAAUGGAACAAGGCCCAAUGGAAUCCAAAUCUCCCUAUACAAUGUAUUCGGAAACAGUAGAGCUCAUCAGGUAUGCUAUGAGACUAAAAACCCAUUCAGGCCCUAAUGCCACACCGGAGGACAAACAACUGGCUGCAUUAUGUUACCGAUGCCUGGCUCUCCUGUACUGGCGGAUGUUUCGACUCAAAAGGGACCAUGCUGUGAAGUACUCAAAAGCACUUAUCGACUAUUUCAAGAAUUCAUCUAAAGCUGCCCAAGCCCCGUCUCCAUGGGGAGCCAGUGGAAAGAGCACUGGAACCCCAUCCCCCAUGUCUCCCAACCCCUCUCCGACCAGCUCUGUGGGAUCUCAGGGGAGCCUCUCCAAUGCCAACACCCUGUCCCCUUCAACCAUCGUCAGCAUCCCACAGCGCAUCCACCAGAUGGCAGCCAACCACGUCAGCAUCACCAACAGCAUUCUCCACAGCUAUGACUACUGGGAGAUGGCAGAUAACCUGGCCAAGGAAAACAGAGAAUUCUUCAACGACCUGGAUUUGCUCAUGGGGCCUGUCACCCUGCACAGCAGCAUGGAGCACCUGGUCCAGUACUCCCAGCAGGGCCUGCACUGGCUGCGGAACAGCACCCACCUGUCAUAGAGACCUUGCCCCUGAGCUGGAUUGUGCUCUCAUCUCCAUAGACGGCUCAAUGUUUCUGGACACUGUGCUACUGAAAUUCCCAGCCACAGCAUUUAUCAAACUGCGGUGAAUAUUUUCUCAGCAUCGAACAAUGGUCUUUUCCCAGGGCAUGUGUGUUUGUAUGUGUGGGCGUAAAAGAAGUUGCCUGUGUAUGUGUGUAAGAUAUACAGCUCUUUAAAACACGGUUUUUUGUCUAGUUUCCAUGAUCCCAAGCUAGACAAAGUGAUCAGAAGUUUCUGAUUAGAGUAUAUACACAUACACACAUGCACACACACACAAGAUCACACACGCACGUGCGCACACACACACACACACACACACACACUUUCUAUUUCAAAGCUAAACCAUGACUUCUUAGAAUAUUCAACCAAAAUCUCAUGGGUUAGUUAACCAGGUGCAAUACAGCACACCAAAAGCUUGACUGCCAGUUAAGAUGAACCUAGUUCUUAUACUGUUGAUUACUUUCAGUAUUAAUAUACUAUUCCCCAAUUAAUUUUUGAUUGUGUGUAUUAAUGGGUAACUGAAUAACAAAAAGAAGUCAGUUAUUUUUGUGCUGGACGUUUACUAGAUUGCAUGUUACCAAAUACCUUGCCUUUUGUCUAAUACCCAUCUUUCCAUCCAACUUUAUUAUCAACUAAAUGCGUUAUAAGCAAAUGGAUCAAAUCCCACAGGCCUUCCCUGCCCUGCUCCCAAAAUCAUAUGAAAAUGGCACUGGGAUUUGGUAAAAGCUCAGUGUCGUUGAAACCUGAUCAACAUGAAUAGACAACCGAGCUUGGAGCUCAGUUGGGAAUUGAAACCUUCUGCACGUGGAUCAGUAAGCCCAUCCAGCCCACGUGUGUUUUCUUCCUGCCACUGUGACACAGCAGCCAUAGAGCCACAUGGCAUUUGUCAGCCAAUAUGUUUCAAGUCUUUUCUUCCCACGAUAGCUUUCUUGCAAAUUUUCUUGGCCAAAUUAGAACAUUACCUAGAACGUCUCUUCACUAGGAGUCUGUAUUUGCUGCUUAUCAGGCUAAGAAUUAUUUGCUAUCGUGAGACUGUCUGAUCCUUUCACUCUUUGUACAGAAUGCAGGCCUCUAAAUGGCAUUUUGAUCUGGGGGAUAUGUUUCAGGCUUUGAUUUGCAAGCUGCUUACUGUGCAGGGUGAGUUGUUUUUGCAGUGUUCACAAAUCUGUUUGGGGUAGCAACGACCAGAACAUCAUGUUUGCAUCCUGUACGUCUGCUAUGUUUACGUCUUGCCCUUCAUUCUUUUCU